UCCUUCACUCAGCAGCGGCUCCCCCCGCCUUUUCCCCUUAACCCUCAACCGCAAAAAAAAAAAAAAAAGAGUAGCAGUACCGGUUUCACCAGCUAUGGGUAUCGACUUGGUCGCCGGCGGCAAGAGCAAGAAGACGAAGAGAACUGCUCCCAAGUCUGAUGAUAUAUAUCUCAAGCUCCUUGUCAAGCUUUACCGUUUUCUGGUAAGAAGAACUGGCAGCAAAUUCAAUGCGGUGAUCUUGAAGCGGCUAUUUAUGAGCAAAACCAACAAGCCUCCUUUAUCUCUUUCUAGGUUGAUUCAAUUCAUGAAGGGCAAGGAGGAUAAGAUUGCUGUGGUAGUCGGGGCUGUCACCGAUGACAUUCGUGUGUAUGAAGUUCCUGCGCUGAAGGUUACUGCGUUAAGGUUCACUGAAACGGCCAGGGCAAGGAUUGAGAAAGCUGGUGGGGAGUGUUUAACAUUUGACCAACUUGCUCUUCGAGCACCUCUUGGACAGAACACGGUUCUCCUCCGAGGUCCAAAGAAUGCUCGUGAGGCAGUGAAGCACUUCGGACCAGCUCCUGGUGUGCCACACAGCCACACCAAGCCCUAUGUGCGGGCAAAGGGAAGGAAAUUUGAGAGGGCUAGAGGAAGAAGGAACAGCAAAGGCUUCAGGGUUUGAGUUUGUGAUUACCCUGGAACAAAAUGACUUAUCAACCUAUUAUCAUGAAAAUGAGAAUUCUCAGUUUUUCUUAUUUUGUUUUUCCAUGGAACAUUAUUAUAAUUGGGGAUAUUUUGUAAUUUUGUUUAUCAAGGACAUUUUGGACUGAUUAAAAAGUUUUUUUUCCCUCUUCUAAA